AUGAGGUAUGAUUGUUUUCUUUCUUUCUACCUUUCUUUCUACCUUUCUUUCUUUCUUUCUUUCUUUCUACCUUUCUUUCUUUCUUUCUUUCUUUCUUUCUUUCUACCUUUCUACCUUUCUUUCUACAUUUCUUUCUUUCUUUCUUUCUACCUUUCUUUCUUUCUUUCUACCUUUCUUUCUACUAUGUUUUUUUCAUCCUUUUUUAUUUUCUUUUUUUAUCUUUUACUAUUUUCCUUUCCUUCUUAUUAUCUUUUACUUUUACUAUAUUUCAUUCUGUUUUACUAUUUUUCUUUCUUUUUACUCUUUCUUCCAUUUUUACUAUCUUCCUUUCUUUUUUUUAACUAUCAUUCUUUUUACUAUAUAUCUUUCAUUUUUAAUAUCUUUCUUUCUUUCCUUCCUUACAUUUUACUAUCUUUCUUUUUUCCUUUUUACUACCUUUCUUUCGUUUUACUAUCUUUCUUUUUUUACUUUGUUUUUCAUUCUUUCAUUAAUUCUUUCUUUCUUUUUACUGUCUUUCCUUCUUUCUUUCUCUUUUUUACCACCUUUCUUUCUUUUUAUUAUCUUUCUUUCUUUUUUACUAUCUUUCUUUCAUUAAUUCAUUCUUUCUUUUUACUAUCUUUCUUUUUUACUUUCUUUUUCUUUCUUUCAUUAAUUCUUUCUUUCUUUUUUACUUUCUUUUUCUUUCUUUCUUUUUUACUUUCUUUUUCUUUCUUUCUUUUUUACUUUCUUUUUCUUUCUUUCAUUAAUUCUUACUUUCUUUUUUACUUUCUUUUUCUUUCUUUCAUUAAUUCUUUCUUUUUUACUUUCUUUUUCUUUCUUUCUUUUUUACUUUCUUUUUCUUUCUUUUUAAUUCUUUUUUCUUUUUCCAUUCUUUUUCUUUCUUUCUUUUUUUUUUUUUCUUUUUUCUUUCUUUCUUUUUUUCUUUCUUUUUCUUUUUUUCUUUUUUUCUUUUUUACUUUUUUUUCUUUCUUUAAUUCUUUUUUUUUUUCUUUCUUUUUUUUUACUUUCUUUUUCUUUCUUUCAUUUUCUUUCUUUUUACUUUUUUUUCUUUCUUUUCUUUCUUUCAUUUUUAUUUCUUUUCUUUCUUUUUUUUUUUUUUUUUUCUUUUUUUUCUUUAAUUAA